CCCGACGACCCGAAAUCCUGACGUCGAAGUUACUGUGACGUCAUUACUGAUCUGUGAGUUUGCUCCUACGCGUCAGAGACGUCGUCGCGGUCGCGCUUCCUCCUCCCUCAGUUGCCGCCCCUCUCCUUCGCCUCCGCUUCCGCUUCCCUUCCCAUCUUGGCGUCGACAGCUGGGCUGCCUCCCUCCGUUUCCGCCUCCUCGGGCGCUUACCGAUCUCGCGCCGCCCUAAAUCCCCGGGCGAAUCCGCCUCCCCUUCUCCGGCCGCGUCGAUCUGCUCGCUCAAGGGGUGAGUUUUCUUGCCGUGAUCCCUAUUUCUCUACUUUGAGUUUCUUUCGUCAAGGAUUUGAGUUCUUGCGAGGCGUUUCAGAUUCACAGCUAGGACGAGGGAAGUAGAGUUCUUGUUGAUUUCAUUCUUGGGAGCCGACCUCACAUGCCAACAACCUCCAGGAGCAGAAGCCAGGCUAGGACCACUAGGCCUUGGAUCUUGUCAGGGAUGGACUUUGCUGAUUCGAGACGGAAGCCUAAUUUCAUGGGGAAGAUCGCCGUGGCUGCUGCCCUCACUGUCAUGUGCAUACUUGUGUUGAAACAGUCUCCUGGUUUCAGCAGUACCAGUGUGUUCUCUCGCCAUGAAAUUGGGGUGACCCAUGUGUUAGUGACGGGGGGUGCUGGGUUUAUUGGCUCGCAUGCUACUCUUCGUCUCCUUAGGGACAACUAUCGAGUUACCAUUGUGGAUAACCUUUCUAGAGGGAACAUGGGGGCUGUCCGAGCUCUUCAACAACUGUUUCCAGAGCCUGGGAGGCUUCAAUUUAUUUAUGCUGAUUUAGGCGACGCAAAAGCUGUGAACAAAAUAUUUUCAGAGAAUGCAUUUGAUGCUGUUAUGCACUUUGCUGCUGUUGCUUAUGUUGGUGAGAGCACAAUGGAGCCACUCAGAUACUACCACAACAUAACAUCAAAUACAUUGACAGUGCUUGAGGCAAUGGCGGCACAUAAUAUAAAUACUCUGAUUUACUCGAGUACCUGUGCAACAUAUGGCGAACCUGAUACGAUGCCUAUUGUAGAAACAACUCCUCAGAAUCCCAUCAACCCAUAUGGAAAGGCCAAGAAGAUGGCAGAGGACAUCAUUUUAGAUUUCACAAAGUCAAAGAAAUCGAACAUGGCUGUCAUGAUCUUAAGAUACUUCAAUGUGAUUGGAUCAGACCCAGAGGGACGGCUAGGGGAAGCUCCAAGGCCUGAGCUGCGUGAACAUGGUCGGAUUUCUGGUGCUUGCUUUGAUGCAGCUUUGGGAAUUAUUCCAGGGCUGAAGGUUCGAGGAACCGAUUACCCCACUGCAGAUGGAACUUGCAUUAGGGACUACAUAGAUGUCACAGAUCUUGUUGAUGCCCAUGUCAAAGCUCUUGAUAAAGCUCAGACUGGCAAAGUUGGAAUCUACAAUGUUGGCACAGGCCAAGGUAGAUCAGUGAAGGAGUUUGUAGAAGCAUGCAAGAAGGCAACAGGAGCUUCCAUCAAGGUUGAAUACCUUACCCGUAGACCUGGAGACUAUGCUGAGGUAUACAGCGACCCAUCCAAAAUCCACAGCGAGCUCAACUGGACAGCUCGUUACACUGAUCUUCGUGAAAGCCUUUCCAUGGCAUGGAAAUGGCAGAAAGCCCACCCGAACGGUUAUGGAUCAGCAUGAUUCAGAGUUCGAUAGGUUCAUAGAUUCAUCAGGCUUUCACACACAGAUUCAUGGGUCCAUGUGCAGCCAUGUAGCCUUCAGACAAUUGGUUCUUCACCAUAGAUAUAUAGCAGACAGCCACAGAGGAGUCCUGAUAUUUUUGCAGCGCUGGAAGAAGACACAGAAUCAGAGAGAAAAUGUUCUACCUGUUCCUUUAUUAGGUUCGUAUAUAGGUUUUCUUUUUCAAUGGUGACAUUUUUAUUUAUUUUGAUAUGCGCUGAAGCACAAUAUAAUAAUACAAAUGCAAAAUUGUGAUGUAGACAGACUAGAUCAAUCUUGUGUAUGAACCUUCAUGGUGAUGGAAUGAAAGGAUAUAAAUAAGUUGACGUUUGCUUCUUA